AUGCUGGGACUUGUCUCUUAUGAGAGCAGUGACGAGGAUGAGAUCAACACAACAGAACCGGAGAUAACUCACAAGACUGCCUCUGAAGACAAGGAUCAUUCCCGUGCCAAGCAUGACGCGAACGUGGAAGAUAAUGCUGAACCCCAGGUCACAGCCAUGCCAGAUGUCGCCCCAGGCCCCGUUAAUGGGCCCAUGCUUGGGCCAAGUCAGCCCCAAGAAGCGUUAGUGUCUACCGAGGCUCAACCAAAAACGGACGACUCUUCUCUAUACACCACAUCUGAAGCUUUAAUACAAGACUUGACAUUACCCCCAAUUCCCAAUCUCGAGAUUCCUCCAUCGCCUCCUGGAUCUCCGGACCCAACUGCCACGAGCAAAGUAUCCCACUUCCUUUCACUGAAGAAACAAGGCGUGCAUUUCAACGAAAAGUUGUCUGCGUCUUCUUCCCUUAAGAAUCCAAUGCUUUUCACCAAGCUGCGAGAUCAUAAUGAUAUCAACGAUCACAAUCAAUACGCCACCGUUCUUCCGCAUGACAUAUGGAACCCUGACUCGUUACCGGAUUGGGCUUACAAGGAAGAACUUUGGAAAAUGCAACAGGCCGUCCGGCAAAAGAUUGAGCAGUCUAGCAAAAACAGACAAUCGAUUGAUUUUGUAUCCUCUGGGGCUCGGCGUGGGUGA